CCGAGGGUCGUGGACGUAUACGACCUUUCACUAUUAAAUGUUACGCGAGUUUAUAUUUUAAAAUAAUAUUAUUGAAAAUUAUAAUAUUGUGAAUAGUGAAGUGAAAACAGGCGCCUUUCAAAAGAGCUUUAUUGUUUGAUGGUGGCAUUAAAUAUACAAGUGACAAGAUGGCGGCGAGCCGGCAACUUCGGCUGCUGCUGUGGAAGGACUACCUCAUUAGGAAAAGAAAUCCGAUAACACUGGCAGGCGUUGUGUGGGGCACUGUCGUCAUAAUGAGUCUCUACAUCGUAAGGAUCAACGUUGACAACCAAGAUUAUCCCACGUGUCAGUUUCCUGCCCGCGCGCUGCCCACUGCGGGAGUCAUGAACUUCCUGCAGUCCUUUAUUUGCAGCGUCAACAACGAAUGCUCUCCAAUGGAGGAAUACGAAGAGAUACCCUCGUAUUCUAAAUCUAAGUUGACACAAAUAAAGCAGCAGUUCGCACCGUUGUUCUCAAACUCCUCGAUUCUGGAAACAGCAUCGUCGAUGCCAGACGCGCUCAAGCUGCUCGCCACUGUGUCAGAGGUCGCUGAUGUUCCCGACUUUGUCUAUAUAGCCAAGCAUGGUCUACGCGUAAAAGAACUGUUCCGGAAUCCUGACAGAGUUAAGCGAUAUUUAAAAAUAGAAAUAGAAAUUGAGGAACCACUCGCCAACAGUUUGAUGGAUUCAGCAUUAAGUUUUGAGGGUAUUAUGCAAGGAAAGUUCAACACAUGUGACAUAGAUUCGAUGACAAAAACAAUAAAAAUGGAUAAAAAUAACAUGGAGAUGUUUGUGCAGAAGAUUUGUUCACUUUCUUCAUCAAGCAUGCAAAAAUUGACCAUGGACUUAUUACUAGAGAUGGAUUUGGGCAAAUAUUUACAGAUGUUAGGCAACAUGUACUACAAGUUAUCGAAAGACGAGAGGAUGUUAGAUUUGGGGAAGAUGGCUGGUGCGGUGCUGCGCAUGGCGUCACUGCAAAGUUUCCUGCCGCCGGAGGUCACUGAGAUCCUGCAUAAUGAGACUCCUGACUUCACAUACAUACAACUUGAUGUGAUUUCCAACGUCCUUGACUACUUCGAACCGAAUUUCGGCGAGACACAGUCUUUCAAAUUUAUCAGAGACUUCGCAGAUUCAGCCGUAAUGGUCGUUAAAUAUUUAAAUAAAUUCUUAGAAAAGCAAAGAAUGAAGUCUAUUGGAACAAAUAAUGGACUAUCUACUUAUAGUGUAAUGGGAGAAAAUAAAUUAAGAUCAACUGUGAAUGGCGUGUCCAAUAUAUUUUCUAAUGCUAAGGAAGCCUUCCAAGAUUUAACUGACAACAGUGUUUCCAUUGAUAUAUUCAACGUAUUGUCUCGUAUUACAAAUUUCAUUUACAAAUGGCUGCCGGAUAAGACGAAGCAUGAUGUAUUAUUCUACUCCACCCUGGUGACGAAACUGAUAGAGGAGGCGGAGAAAGUGAUCUACAUUAACGUGCACUUGGAGGAAAUAAUGUAUAAUGUCACCCUGAGACAUCCCCAAGGGAUGGAGGCGGUGCUGUCCCUGCCUGCGCACAUUUUUGAAAAGAGCUUAGAGGCUUUAUCCGAUCCGGAAAGAGUUCAGAUUUUAACAUCAAAACUGGACUCUCCUGGUGAGGUAUUUUGUGAUAAAAGAAAGUUACAAAAGUUCUUCGAGAUAGACGUACCAGAAGUGGCCGAGUUACAUGACAAGCUGUGCAAAGACUCGCUGAAGGAAUACCUCAAAGAUAUGAUACACUCUUUAGGAAUCCUCAGCGUCAGGAGCAGUAUUAACGCGAUGGCCUCACUUUUUAUUCAAGAGACUUUAGGAAAAGACACAAAUUCUCAACUUUAUUCUUUAGAUCAUGACUUCGAUGUUCUCAGGAACUUCAGUAGAACUAUUAAUAAUUUGGAUGACGAAGAACCGAGACACGUAAAUUGGAGUAAUGUUAUAGAUGUCAACACAAAUUCUGACAUCGUUAAUAUAAUUCGUAAUAAAAAACACGUUGGAAAUCAUAUCUUAGUCACAGUUCACGUGGCGCUGGCCAAAGCGGUGGUCAAACAGAAUCCUGUAUUAGAAUAUAAAAUAGCGCCAUUCCUAAUAGACGCUACAACGAUUAUAGAAGCUUUGAACAAAGACAUAGAUAACACGCCAGUAGAAGUCGCGGAAAAAGCCAAAAUAUUAUACCCAGCUGUACUUACAACUAUAUUGACUACUGCAUUAGAACAGCAGAAGCUGUUCAAGUUGCUGACAACUUUCAGUCUAGAUUCAAUGUGUAGAGGUGUUGUUACCGCUUCGAAGUAUUUAGAAUUUCCACCAGACGUAAACAAAGAAGAGGUUGUAACAACUCUAUGUAAUAUCAGCGAAGUAUUCGAAAAUGUAUUGAAACGUGAUUCAAAUCUGGGCAAAGCUAUAAAAUUAAUAAUGACAGGAAGUGGAAAAACAUCUGGAAUCCAAUGGACGAAACUCAUAGAAGGUCUUCGGAAUCUGUACAAAAAAAUAGAUAAUUUCUAUCCUUACUUACUUGAAUAUAAAAGCUACGGUAUGAACGAAGAGAUGAGUCGUAAUGUUGCGAACAUGAUAAAAGAAGUUAAGAAAUUCUGGUUCAGUCCAAGAAAUUGGAGCAUGACCUUAAGUAUGAAACUGGCAUUUGAAAUCUUAGAUCUUAUGGACCGGGAUAUCUUCGAUAUAACGAGCGACGUUUGGCUUCAGUUUAAAUACGGCAUCGGUGUGAUUACGGGCCCGAUGCUGCUCAUAGACGAUGUGGUGAAGUUAAUUCAAGCUAUUCUAAAAAACGAAACGAUUACAUCUCCCUUACCGUCAGACACGGUAGCCAGCUUGAAGCGAGUCAUUCCUUACUUCCCGCAGCUGCUUCACGAGACAGUCGACCUGGUGGCCAGAGAUGACACAAAGAUAGAACCAAUAAUAGAAAUAAUGAACGCAAACAAAUCAUGGCCGUGUUCCGACACCAGUUUGGGUGACAUUCUGAAGUUGACCAACUCUUCCAAAGAGACUGUGAGAGGCAUAGAAAGCCUACUGUGUAUGUCUCAAAGUACACAGAACGAAUGGAACUUGUAUUUAAAAUCUAAAUAUAUUUUUAGAGACCAGUCAAAUCUAAACAGCAAAGACUUUGGGCCGCACAUAUUUCUCCGUUUUUCGGGAGCAUUUGAUUAUUUUAUAGAAGACUUUGAUAUAGUCAAAAAUAUUUUGCUGGACGCACUAGACGAGCCUGCCGAUAGCGUUACAUUGAUGACAGCCUGGCGACAUGCUGUCGAUGUGUUAAAUAAUACACAAAGCGUCCCAAUUUUAAGGAAUCUUUUCACCAAGAUGGACGUUGUGUUGAACUCAAUUCAUGUGCCAGUGAAGCCUGGCACUCCUUUGGUCAGUUUGUGGCGGUCUUUGUUGAACUGCGAGGGCGAUUGCAGCGACCUCGCUCGCACCACAGUUCUUAACAUUCUCAAGUUCCUGUCGCUCACCGUCAGCAAUGUAGCUGAUGACCUGUUGUCUUAUUUUAAAGAGAUCAAUGAACCGGACGCAAAUUUACUCCAACUGGUGGGUUUUACAAAGAAAACGAGUCUGUACUUGCUAUAUGAAAGGUUGCCGGACUUUAUCGGAGUGUUGGCAAACUCAUUCGUUGAUUUCGGCUUCAUGAGCCAGAUCCGACGCGCAACACAAAGUACUUUCUGGGAUUGCGAGGCCGUCGUGAAGAGUCUGGUGCCGGCGCCGGGCGGACCCAUCGAUCAGGACAUCAUCGCUCGGGUACAGCCCUUCGUCUGCCCCUCCUUCCUCUACUGGAUCUCGCUGCCUAGAGGAGAUAACGUCAUCAUGGAUGUAGUUGCUAAACCUCAAUACUAUUUCUUUACAUCUUUAGUAGAUGAUUUGAACAGUACCUUCGAAAGCGCAUAUAACAAGGCAAAUGAAUUAUCGACCUUCAUGAGAGAACUCGCGCACAACAAAAGUAAUAUCAAAGAAAACAUUAACAUCGACAGUAUGAGGGAAAAACUUAUAAAAUCUGUCGAUAUCAUGCUAAAUUAUAAAAUUAAUAACUCAAACCCUUCCUAUCUCAUGUUUAACGAAGCUAACAAGAAAUUACUGAUAUCUACAACAUAUUUAACUAGAAUAGUUACAAUAAUUAAUAAGGUAUUAGAUAAAAUAGAAAAUGUAAGCAUUCAAGUUCCUAACGUAGACGAAGACAAACUGAAAGCAAUGAAAGAUGAUAUAUCAGCACUUAAAAAAAUAUUCAAAAGAAGACCAACGGACGGUAUUGCAGUAUUUUUCGAUACGAUUACAAAUAAUUUAUUGAAUAACGAAGAAAAUAAAUUAACAAACGCUUUCGUAGAAACAUGCAAUCGUUUAAAGAACAACGAUACAACCAAAGAUAUAUUAAUUGAUAAUGAUAAAGUAAAAGCACAAAUAUGUCAAAUGAAUUACGAUGUAAUAUUUUCUAUGGUCGAUACAGAAAGUGAUUUAGACAAUGCAAGACUGAGCUUACGUCACCUCGUUAAUGUACUACGUAAAGAUGAAGAAGACGUUGAUGAUAUAUCUAAGUUCCUAAAAUCAAGAAAAGAAAUCAUAAAGUCUUUGAAAUUAUCCCUCAAAUACGCCUACGAUCUUGGUAUACCAGUGUAUCUGAAGUACCUUCACAACAACGUGCAGCAUCAAGAAGUCAUCAUCACAUUCUUAUCGGGGGGCAAUUGGUGGAAACAACUGAGGGAAUUAUACAAUGGACCAUUUGCUACCACGUUCUUGAACAAUGUCGAGAAAAUUUUCGACAUAGCUGAUGAUAUUUUGAACAAUUUGGAUAAAAUACGCUGGGUGCGCCUGAUCCGAGAGAUCAAUGUGAACAGCAAGGAAGACUUCUGCAAGUCCAACGUCUCGAUGUCAGAGUACAUCCCGGAUGAGACCGGCGCGCUGGACAGCUUCAAGCAACAGUUCUGCUUAGAUGACACCACGGAACUAGUCAAAGAAUUGAUGCCCUUACGCUUUGCUUCUCAGGUAUUUGACAGUAAUUUAAAAAUAUCAACAGACGUGAACUAUACAGCUCUAAAUAUAGAUAUAACAAGAAUAGAAUCUAAUUUAGAUAAAAUAAUAAACGGGCCGAACUCCCCUCAAACACCGGAAUGGGUGACCGAGAAUAAACUGAAGAGGUUUAGAUCAUCAGCUGUCGCGUUGCUUUCUACGGAAACGCUCACCAAAGCGUCUUUUGGAAUAUUAGCAAACAUUGUUGAUGCCGGUACAUUGUUGCUAAAUAACAGUCAGUGCACUCUUUGCUCUCAAUUCACGACGUGGUUCAAACAGCUAAACCUCCAGUUGUACAAGAAGCAGGAGUACGACAACUUGCUCUGUCACUUGCAGGACAUGGACUUGGUCAAUGUCUACCACACACUAAAGAACGAUUUUCACUGGGAUAUGGCCAUCAAAGAGUUAAUAUCAUUUCGAAAUUAUACAAAGUUUGAACUCAACAAGUCUAUGAACGAGUUCUUAGAGUUGGUGAAGCAACAUCUUCUAGAAGACAUAAUGUCGCCAACCACAAAGAUAUCGCAAUGUCUAACCUACAAUGUUACUAAAAAUGCCUUUGGAAAUGCUACUUUAUUUGCGAAAGUCGUAGCACAUACGUUUAAAUUAAUACGCGCAGAGUUACCUCACUUAAAAGAAGUGGACGGCAUCAAAGAGGUGGAAUAUCUAAAAGAUCUGCAGGCAGCAGUAGCUCACAGACUUGACGUGAAGGUUCCACUCAAAAGUUACUUCAGUAAAAAUUUUGAUGUAACGAAAAAUUUAAAGGAAAUCAUCAAGAAAGAGUAUCUUGUCAAAGCUGUUGAAGAUAGCAAAGUUAGUGUACAAGCUAUAAAUAACCUACAACCGGAUGAUUUAAUAUUUAAAAGUGAUGAGACCUGGCAGGAUCUUUGCGAGAGCUGUGAUUGUAACAAAGUCAUUAGUGUCAUUGUUAAUAACCUAAACAGAACAUUAAUUGAUGAAGAUCUACCAAUGUUGCAAGAUGAAGAGUUCUGGAGUUACAAAUUCAUAUCGAAUAUUCUGGAACAUUUCGAAGCGUUAGUUGGUGACGUGGCUCGACUGUUGGGUGUCGUCAGUACAAUGGACGUGUGGGGUGUGGCGCAAGGCAGGCUGGUUGCUAUCAUUGACACCGCCAUACAACUCCUCACUGAUGAUACACUCGGCAGCAUUGUUUAUAGCUUGCACGGAUUAACAACCGAACUUACACCAUUAAUAAAAGCUUACGAUCUACAAAGUAAUCUGCUCGAUGUCAGCCGUGGCUUACUGGUGCUGCAACAGAUAAGGAACUCAUUAAUUGAGGAAGAUAUUAAAGUUCCAGUAUCGGAGUUAUUCUCUGACCCUGAGGAGCUGGAGGUGGAGCUGAGCGCGCUGGGCAUCAACAACACCAACUUCUGGUCGGUGGCCGCGCCGCGCAUACACGCCGGACAUCUACAGUUCAAACCGAUCCUGGCUUCAAAGGAUACGUUCCACAUCAGGCAAUUGGUAUGCGAGGCGGAGGACCUGGCGCGGGUGUUGGUACCCGCCAAUUUGGAUGUGGUGACCCUGGACGACGUGCUGGGCGCGCUGGCGGAACAGUUCUGCGACCUGGACGAGGAUACAGCCAAGAAGAUCGUGUCCGUCCUACUGCAGAACUUGGACUACUCGUAUAUUAUUAACAAUAUAAAAGACUGGCUACUCCGUGAGCUUUACGCAGCGUCGGAUCUGUCGGCACAGCGCGGCGAGCUGGUGCUGGACAGCUUCCCACAGCUUGCUGCGCUACUGCCCACAGUCAGGGACAGCUUUGAACGCGUUAGCGGGCUGCUGGCUGACGAGCCCGUGCUCGACUACUUCAAGAAGGAUUUCUCCUUUGAUAGUUUGUUUGGAGGUGGCGAGUUCAUGGCGGCGGCGGGCAGGAUGGUGUGCGGCAAACCGUUCAACACGCAAAUCAAUAGGUUCUUCAAGUCCGUCGUCGAAACCAAAGACUUAUCCAGUGAAGCCGAUGCUGAGCAAUUGGAAGUGUUACCGACGGACUUCUGCCGAUCCAUGUACAAACAGAUCGUGAGCGUCGACGGCGGCAAGAUCGUGUGGAGCUUUGUGAAGCCGCUUGUGAUGGGCAAGAUCCUGUACACGCCUGUCACACCCAACGUGCACCACAUCAUACAGAAGGCAAACGAGACAUUUGCACCAAUGGUGCAGAUGGUAGAACUAGUGCAGAGGUUCGCAAACGCAUUUCCCGCGGUGGGGACGUUGUCAUCUCACCGCGACGGCCUUGCAGCCUUACAGCAGCUGCUCGCGGCGCCAGCAACACAAGCAAUCAAGACGGAACUGUUCGGAGACGUGCAAAUACCGGAGAUGGAUGUUGAGAAGGUUUUCAACAAGUUAGGUGAUGUGCAGGACUUGGGCAGCAUCCUGCAGAAGGGCUCCAACAUCCUGGAGUGCGUGAACCUGAACCGCUUCAGACCUGUGUCUGACGAGCACCAGCUCAGCCUCGAGGCUGUCAAACUAUUGAGAGUCAACGAGUUCUCCGCUGGUCUGGUGUUCCUAAAUAAUGAGUCAAGCAUGGAAGUACCACUAAAUGUGGAAUAUAAAAUAAGAAUGGACAUAGAGAAUGUACCAACGACAAGUAGAAAGAAGAAUUAUCUCUGGAUCCCCGGCCCCGAGUCUAACUUCAUAGACAAUAUGCGCUACUUCCGCGGCUUCAUCCAGAUACAAGACAUCAUAGACAAGGCCAUCAUAGAUGUCGCUGCGGACAGUCUGGGAAAGACUCUUGACGUAGACUGGGCGACCUACACUCAGCAAGAACCUUAUCCUUGCUAUAGGAAGGACUUUUUCCAAACAUCUAUAUACGAGUCGCAGUCUCUUAUUGUAGCGUUUUUCUUCUCACUGCUGUUCACAACUACUUCUGUUGUACGCUUCAUCAUCUCGGAGAAGGAAAGUGGUAACACUGUGCUGAUGUCAGUGAUGGGUGUGAACUUGUCGUACCACACGCUGUCGUGGUUCCUGUGGUCGCUGGGCGAGCUGGUGGCGACGGCCGCGUGCAUCGCCGCAGUGCUGUGCGCUGGCGGCAUCCUGCCUCACACAGCGCCUUCUCUUAUCUUCGCGCUCUUGUUCUUGUUUGCCUUCUCAGUGCUGUCUUUCUGUUACAUGAUGUCGAAGCUGUUCCGCGGCGCGAGUGUGGGCGCGGUGUGCUCCGGCCUCGCCUACCUCAUCUCCUUCAUGCCGUUCGUGCUCAUCCUCUCCCUGGAGGCGGUACUCACCAGCUCUCUGAAACUCAUCGUCUGCCUGUCGAUGUCAUCGUCGCUGUGCUACGCAUUCCUGUACAUAACGCGGUACGAGGCGAUGGGCUCGGGUGCGCAGUGGGCCCAGCUGUGGGCGUCGCCCGACGGCGUGGACGACAUGAGCAUCGGUCUCGCCGCGCUCAUAAUGGUGCUCGACGGCAUCCUCUAUAUCCUUAUUGGAUUACUUCUAGAAAGACUUUAUGGCUUCAAAGCUCACCAGGUGAGCGUGGUGGACUGCGAGGCGGCAGGCGAGAAGGCGGGCGUCAGCGUGCUCAACGUGAGCAAGGUGUACGGCGGCGGCAAACUGGCGCUCGACAACUGCUCGCUCGAGCUACACACCGGACAGAUCACCUCCCUGCUCGGACACAACGGCGCUGGCAAGAGCACGCUCAUUAACAUCAUGACAGGAAUGCUGAAGCCGACGCGGGGCAGCGUGGUAGUGCGUUGUGGGGGCGGAGGCGCUGCCGGCGCGCGGCUGGGCGUGUGUCCGCAACGCGACGUGCUCUACCGCCAGCUGAGCGCGCGCGAGCACGUGCAGCUCUACGCGCAACUCAAGAGUGGCCGCGACUUGCACGAGCUGCACGACCAGAUCGAAAGCAUUCUGCGCGUGCUAUCGCUGGGCGCGGUGGCGGAGGAGCCCGUGUGGCGGCUGUCGGGAGGCACGCGGCGGCGGCUGUGUGUCGCGCUCGCCUUCGUCGCAGAACCCGGCCUCGUGGUGCUCGACGAGCCCACCGCUGGAGUCGACCCGGCCGCUAGGAGGGACAUUUGGUCAAUGAUACUGAAGCUGCGUGAGAACAGGACCAUUCUGCUGACGACGCAUCACCUGGACGAGGCCGAGCUGCUCAGCGAUCAGAUAGUUAUCAUGCACAAGGGUCAAAUCCAUACAACGGGCUCACCAAUAGAAAUCAAACGUUCCCUCGGGAGUGGUUACAAGUUGACGGUGAUGUAUCCCGAGACCAGGAGGGGACUGAACGAAGUUUGUGACAUCGUAGAAGAUGAAGAAGCGUGUAUAGAAGAGAAAACAAAACUCCUGCUCGCGACUGUCAGGAAUGUGAUCAGGAAUGCGAAUUUGAUGGAUGUGAAUGAAUCAGAAGUUGAGAUAAAUCUACCAUUCUUCGACCAAGAUGGCGUUAGCAGCAACUACCUCGAGGUGUGCUUGGCUUUGGAAUCGCAGCAGUCAUCGCUGGGCUUCUGUGACUUCAGCCUAGACUGCAGCAGCUUGGAGCAGGUCUUCUUCACCAUCUGCCACCAGGCUGACGCUCCGCUCCAGAACGUUGAAUUAGUUUCAGAUACGCCAUCCAAAAGCGCAUCGACGUCAAGUCUGCGCAAUGACAAAGCCCCACUAGUUCCACGGGACGGCCCACUGGUGGGCUCGAUGUGGGAUCAAUUCCUAGCACUGUUGUACGCCCGAUAUUUACAUUACACCAGAAAUAGGUCACUCCUGUUCAUGCUGGUGGCGCUGCCGUCGCUGUUCGUGUUGAUCUCAAUGGCGUUCUCCAACAUCCGGCCGCCGCCCAACAGUGAGGUAGCCCUACCUCUGUACCGGAUCUACGACAACGCCACCGAAUAUCUCGUUAAAAAGCCAUCGAUUUCUGACGAUAGCGUCAUCAGCUCAUUAUUUGCUCAAGACAUCAUGAACACUCUCAUUGCCGAGAAGCGUGCGAGAAAUUGGACAGAUGAGGACAAUCCGGUAUGUAAUUGCGUGGUCACGAAACAAGAAUGUGAUCUAAGUUCUGUUAAUAUCACCAAUCUGCCUGAACUGAUGCUGUUGCCUGAUACGACCGCUCUCAACAACUGGAUAGUAGCCUCACACGAUGUCUACAUUGAGAAGAGAUAUGGCGGCUACUCGUCAGUGAUCAAGAACAACAUAUCAAACCUCGUGGUGUGGUACAACAACAAGGGGCACCACGCCAUGCCCAUGUACCUCAGUGCGCUACACUCUGCGGUGCUGCGCGCAGCCAGCGGACGACUCUCAGCAAAUAUCACCACCUACACGCACCCACUCAAGAUAUCCGACGAACCCAUCAACAAGGAUACUGUUUACCAGCACAUCGCGGACGCGGGGGUGUCGGCGAUGUUGCUGAUAGCGUUCAGUCUGGCGAGUGCGGGCGGCGCGGUGCGGCUGGUGACUGCGCGCGCCUCGCACCAGCAGCGCCUGCAGCUGCUCGCCGGAGUCACGCCCGCACUCUACUGGGUCACAGCGCUAGUCUGGGACAUGAUGGUAAUUAUAGUGAACAUCAUAAUCACGGCGGCGGUCCUGCAGGCGUUCCACUUCCCAGUCUUCGUCUCGAGGAACAAUUUGCCCGCCAUUUGCCUUCUCCUCUUUUUAUACGGGUACGGGUGCGCGGGUGUGGUACACGUGGCGUCCCGGCUGUUCACGCAGCCCAGUCUCGCCAACAUGAUCCUCUUCUGCGCUAACACCUUCGUAGGCAUCGUCGGCAUUGCUCUGCUGCUCAUUCUCGACAUCAUCUCUGAAUCUGAUGCAACCGAUAGAGCGCGUUGGGUGCUGCACAAGAUCUUUAUGCUGAGUCCACAGUUCACUCUCGGAGACGGAGUGCUGGAGAUCGCUAAAAACACAAUAAGAGCACAGGUGCUGGGCCAGUUCGGUAUGGAGACAUACCAGGACCCGCUGAGCAGCGACCUCAUCGCCUACCACUACCUGGCUCUCGUCCUCGUCGGCACCGUGCUGCAUCUCCUCAACCUUGCCAUCGAAUACGACUGCUUUGAAGUUCUACUUGCUAAGUUCCGUUCGGAGUACAUAGAGCCGCUGCCGGACAGCGAGCUGGACCCCGAGGUGGUUGCGGAGCGGCGCCGCGUGCUCGCCGCGCGUACGCCGCUGCGUCUUAGGACUAUUGGCAACAUUAAUGCAGGUUUCCUGGACAUGGAGGAGAAGAAAGGUCCGGUACCUGAGGUGUCAGUGGGCGAGGUAGCGGCAUGUGUGAGGCUGGGCAAAGUCUACCCCACGUUGGCUGGUCACCGUCUCGCCCUACGAGACCUCACCAUCGCCAUACCAUCCGGACAGUGUACGGCGUUGCUGGGUCAGAACGGCGCCGGGAAAUCUACGACUUUCUCUAUGCUGACCGGUGAAGUGAGGCCCAGCUCCGGUCACAUCUGUCUCCGCAACAUCCGCGCACGACCCACAGAUCUUUGCAAAGGAUUCAUCAGUUACUGUCCACAAAGUGACGCCAUCGAUCCACUGCUGACGGUGAGGGAGACGCUGAAGUUCUACUGCAGGUUGAGAGGUAUACAGGACCAGGACGAGGUGAUAAGAAGAACGAUAGAGACAUUUGAUUUAACCAAAUACCGAGAUGUGCGCAGUGGUCUGCUGAGUGGUGGCAACAAGCGCAAGUUGUGCACCGCCAUCGCGUUCAUGGGCAGGACACCGCUCGUGCUGUUGGAUGAACCCACCAGUGGCAUGGACCCCGGCUCUCGCACGUGUGUGACGCGCGGCGUGCAACGCGCGUGCAGCUCCGGGCGCGGCGUGCUGCUGGCCACGCACGCGCUGGACGACGCACGCCGCCUCGCCGCGCGCGUCGCGCUGCUGCAGGCCGGCACUCUGCGCGCGCUCGCUCCUCUACACCACUGCUUGAGAAGGUUUGGUGGGGGGCAGGCGGUGUGGUGGCGGGUGCGGGGCGGGCGCGGGGCGGUGCGGGGGGCGUGGCGCAGGCUGCAGAUGGCGGCGCCGCACGCGCAGCUUCAGGCGCUGCACAACAACGCGCUGCACUUCCUGCUGCCAACACACUGCAUUGUGGAUGGUAAGGAAGUUCACACUCGUGUGAGCGAGGUGUUCCGGCUGACGGCAGAGCUUCACGACGCUUGUGACAUCGAGGACUUCACAGUCAAUCAGAGCUCGCUCGACCAGAUGUUCCUACAAUUCGCGGGGUCGAGCAGGUCGCGGGGCACCGAGCUGGAGGAGCAGGAGUCCGACCCCGCACCCCCCACCCUCAACUGUGACGUCAGCGACAUCACCGCACUCUGAUCACAUAACACACAUUGUAUGCCUACGGAAAGAAUUAAAACUUAAUUUAUUUGACACACUCAAAGUUGUUAAAUGGUUGAGUGAUAGUCCUUAGGGAAUAAACACACUAAGGUGUGGGAGUAAAGUAUUUAUGAACUAGUAAUAUUACUUGUAAAAAAUUAUAUUUAAUAUGCAAUAGUGGGUUAACACUAAACUUGAUACCAUGACAUUAUUUUAGAAUAACUUAC